UUUGUACCCAAAUAAAGUUAUUUUGUUUGAAUAUUGUUUGCUAAACGACCAGUGGCAACAAUUUCAUGCAUGUUCUGGACGAAAAUUGUGGAUACAAUUUACCAUUCUAUACAUUCAAAGGACUACUGACUAAUUGCAUUCUGAAAAGCAGUGACAGUCAUACAGUUUCUCUGUCGGCGGCUCGCAGUCAAAAGCACAACAACGAUAUUGGAUAUUGGUGAUUUGGGCACUUUGUCUCAACCAAUCAGAUCACUGGAUAUUGACUUCAUUGACUACCAACAAUGAACGUAAAACCAUUUACGAUUAGCUACACGAGGUCACCGGUAGACGUACAGUUUGUCAACCAAUGUGAUGUAUUAGAGGAUGAAAACUUAACUGAUGACAAUAAGGUUCAGACAACUGUUAAAAAGAGAGAUAAUAAAAAUAAUGAAGGAAAGAAGAAAGAAGAAAAAUAUUAUGUGAAUUACAAAGUUGAACCAAAUCGAAGGACUUCUAAGAGUCCGAUGUCUCCCCCAAAUGAAUUAUUGCUUAAAAAUGGUGAAACUAAAAAUGAAACUAAGAAAAAUGGAAUUAUUUCUAAUGAUGAGGAAUCAUUAAAAGAAGAUGCAUCGAACGAAAGAGAAACGUGGGGUAAAAAGUCGGAGUUUUUAUUGUCCGUCAUAGGAUUUGCUGUGGACCUCGGGAACGUAUGGCGUUUUCCAUAUAUUUGUUACCGAAAUGGAGGGGGUGCCUUUUUGAUACCAUACUUUUUUAUGCUAAUUUUCUUGGGAUUGCCCUUGUUUUACAUGGAGUUAGCGUUAGGACAAUAUCAACGCUGUGGUGCAAUAUCUAUAUGGAACAGACUUUGUCCAAUGUUUACAGGUCUCGGUUAUGGAAUAUGUUUCGUAGCCACAUUCGUCGGAAUGUAUUAUAAUACAGUGAUUGCAUGGGCAGUUUAUUACUUGUUUGCUUCUUUCCGUUCGGAAGUUCCCUGGUCCCAUUGCAACAACACGUGGAACACUGCUGACUGCGUAUCUGUUGUUGACGGAUACAAUGUUAGUCUCGUGACCAACAACUCAAUGUUAGCAGCUACAGAAUUUUACUUAUUUAGAGUUUUAGAGGACCAAAAAGCUUAUGGUAUUGAAAGUGUUGGUUCGCCUAAGUGGCAAAUGGUGCUUUGUUUGAUAGCAGUCUUUGUUAUUGUUUAUUUUUCCUUGUGGAAGGGGAUCAAAUCCUCAGGAAAGGCAGUGUGGGUAACUGCUACCGUUCCUUAUGUUGUAUUGCUCAUCUUGUUGGUAAGGGGAUGUACCUUACCUGGUGCCAAAGAUGGCAUUAUUUACUACCUCAGACCACAGUGGGACAAGCUACUUAAAGUGGAAGUAUGGUUAGAUGCUGCAUCACAGAUAUUCUUCUCUUUGGGGCCAGGUUUCGGUACCUUAUUGGCAUUAUCAAGUUAUAACAAAUUUCACAACAACUGUUACAUAGAUGCUGUUGCAACGGCUACCAUCAAUUGUUUUACCAGCGUGUUAGCGGGUUUUGUGGUAUUUUCCGUAUUAGGCUACAUGGCUCAUAUCACACAAAAGGAUAUAGAUAAAGUAGCGAUGGAAGGUCCUGGCCUAGUGUUUAUGGUAUACCCUGAAGCACUAGCGACGUUGGAUGGUUCAGUAUUUUGGUCUAUCUUAUUCUUUGUUAUGCUUAUCACACUAGGCAUGGACAGUACGUUUGGUGGACUUGAAGCAGUGAUAACGGCCAUUAUGGAUUCAUUCAAAGUAGUAAAAGGACGACGGGAAUGGCUUGUUCUUGGAGUUAUAAUAUAUUGCUUUUUGGGUUCACUACCGUCUACCACAAAUGGUGGACAAUACAUUGUUAGUCUGUUAGACAGACAUGCAGCUCCAAUACCACUUAUUUGUAUUUGUUUCUGUGAAGCAAUAGCUGUUAACUGGUUUUAUGGUGUACAACACUUUUCAAAUGAUAUACAAAGUAUGUUAGGAUUUCAGCCUGGUAUAUUUUGGAAAAUAUGCUGGGCGUUUAUAUGCCCAAUUUGCCUCAUUGUUUUAUUCAUUUUAUCAAUUUAUUACUACGACGGCAUUGAACUAAAUGGAUACGUGUACCCACAAUGGUCAUUAGCUAUAGGAUGGACUAUAUCUUCUAUUUCAUUAAUCUGUAUACCAAUCUACAUUAUAUAUCUUCUCAUUGUCACACCUGGGACAUUCAAGCAGAAAAUUCUACGAAUGAUUCGACCAUCGUCAAUACCAUCUCACAUUGAACAAGAUAAAUCAAGACAUUUAUAUGACAAGUAUGAAAUCUCGUCUUCUAACGUGGGAACAACCGUGAACACACCUGUAUCAUACAAUGCUGAAUCAAUUUCUAUGUAUUCUCCACAUCAGGUAGAUAAAAAUCAGGACACCAAUGACAGUGUUUAAAUGUUGAUCAUAAUCACAUUUAUGUAUUUCAUUUUGUUUAUAAUCACCAGUGCAUAUAUGUAAAUAUCGUGUAACAACAAUUACUUAUCGUUCUACUUUACAUUUUCGGACCUUCGAAGUUUUGGUACUGCUGAUAGGUUUUCCCUCGAUCAUCGCGAAUUUAGUCCUUACAUAUCUUUUACAAUACAAGGAAACUGUUUUAGGUCGUUUUCAGGGGUAAUAUUCAUCACUUAAGAGACAAAAAAUGUCGAAUUGCGCAUCUAGUGGUACAUUGCAAUUGGAACCAUUUAAGUUAUUAUAUACUUUUUGGCCAUGCAAAUCCAGUGGAUGACCUUAAAAAUUAUAAAUUGUCAGACCUAUCCGAUUUAAUGGGCACAUACCAAGGAGGGAUAUUAUUUGUUUGAAAUAUUAAUGGAUUUGCACUACUUUAGUUAGACUAUCAGUCUCUAAGGGUUAAAUCUGCCUUGCAACCAACAGUGCAUUAUUCUUUUCAUGAUUAAAAUGUCAUUUGUUUGGUCUCAAAUUAAGAUUGCUACCCAAUCACGAAAAGUUAUCCUAUGACCUAUGACGGUUUCAGUACUCAUUUUAUGCUCAUGUUAUAUAUAAUUCGUCAACUCUUUUUUGUUUUUUUAUUAUUAUGGCAUUCAAAAAUGAUUCUUAAUUUUAGAGAUAUAGAUAUUUUUAAAAACAAAAUUCUUAUUAACUCAAAACGAAAACAACAUGUACAUCUCACAAAAUUCAAACAAGGGUAGCAUUUCACUGCUAGUAUGUCUCAUUUAAAAGUCCCUUUGUUGUAACAAAAAUGAAAACCUGAUACCAAAUGCUAAACAAUGAAAAUUUUUGUCUUGCGCUGUUAGAUUUUAGAUGCCAAAGCGGGAAAACGAUACCAAUAUAUAUAUAUAAAAUAACGCAUGCAAAGGAAAAAUAUUUAAGAUUGUUUUGAACUGGCUACAUUACUUUAAAAAAAAGUGUCUGCUUUUAGCAAUGUUUGCUAUAGACAGAUAAUAUUUUGUUAAACAUAUUUUGAAGAAUGUUUUCAUUUAUUAUUGUUGUUUACAUGUAUCUGUUUCCUUUGUUAUAUAUAUAAAAUGAAAAUCUAAUGGAUACUACUGGUUAAUUUUUUCCUCAGGAAAAAUAACUUCAGUAUUUAUACAAAUAAAGGUGCUGUAUAUUAAUAAAUAUAUGACUCAUUACAUAUUGU